AUGAACGCCAUCAAGAAACGCCUGCAGACGCUGAAGAUCGAGAAAGAUCUGGCGAUGGACAAGGCCGAUAUGUGCGAUCAACAGGCAAAGGAGGCGAAUCGACGAGAGGAAAAGCUGAGGGACGAGGUCCGAGAGUUGGCAAAGAAACUGGCACAGAUGGAGCGCGACUUGCAGCUGAGCAAGGCCCAGUUGGAGAAGUCGAUCAGAGACCUCGAGCAAAAAGAGAGCGUCUAUAUCGUGACUCAGUCGGAGCUGGCGAUUUUGAACAGAAAGAUGCAGCAGUGCGUUCAGAACCUGGAAAAAUCCGAAGAACGUCGUUUGACGGCGCAGACGAAGUUGGCGCAGGCGAUGGAAACCGCGGAGGAUGCGAAACGUAUUUGUAAAGUGUUGGAGAACAGAAGCAAGCAAGAUGAAGAGAGGAUGGACCAAUUGAUGGCACAAUUGAAAGAGGCGAGGCUCAUCGCUGAAGACGCCGAUUCAAAAUCGGACGAGAUCUCUCGAAAAUUGGCCUUCGUUGAAGACGAAUUGGAAGCCGCCGAGGAAAGAGUAAAAUCGAGCGAGGCAAAGAUUAUGGAACGAGAGGACGAGUUGUUCAUCGUUGGUAACAUAUUGAAGUCGUUAGAAGUAUCAGAAGAAAAGGCCAAUCAAAGGGUGGAGGAAUUCAAAUCGCAGUUAAAAGAGUUGAAAGCAAGACUGAAAACCGCCGAGAAGAGAGCCAUCAUCGCAGAAAAGAUGGUCAAAGUAUUCUCAAAAGAGCUGGAUGCAAGAGAAGGUAUAUUUAAAGAUUUUCCAUUUUCUUUAUACCUUUUAUGGAUGCAUACACUUCAUUUUCUCGCUCUUCAGACUUCCUCUUCAGAGAAAAAGAGAAGUACAAGUACAUCUGCGACGACAUGGACUCCACGUUUGCGGAACUUACCGGAUAUUAGUCGAAUUUUUCUGAUACCGAUGUGUACAUGAAUUUUUUUUUUUUAUUAAAACUUAUAUUUAAACUAUCGUUUGGUCUUACGUCUCUGUUAAUUUGAUCUUUGUAGCCAUUUUUAUACGGUUUUUAAAAAGGUACCUUUUUUAAAAUUUUAAAAAAAGGUAACAGAGGAUUUGUUAUUAGAGUACACAGAUUUCUCUAAAAUGAACAGAAAAUUCUUAUAACUAAGCUUUUAACUCUUUACGAAGUUUACACUUGAAGAAGAUGCUUCCAAAAGAUAAUUUCGUCGCAAGUUCUAGAAUACUCCUUAAAUUAAACCAGGGGAGGGUUUGAAAUAAAUAGUGGUCGAAGUCGGAGUUGUUUUAUAGUACUUUACAGGAUAUCAAUUUAUUUGAUCGAUUCUACGAUCGACACAAUGCUUCGAAACGCCACACCACCGACUUAAUACAGUUUUCAGCUGUGGCAAGAUGGCCGUGUCGCCUCGUUUGCUACGCGAUCGCGCGAAACACGGAGGAAAUUUACGAUUCUCGACGUUUAAUAGCGGACACGGCCACGCCACAGUGUAGAAUCUCGAUACGCAGGCACACCCUCGACAUUCGCGCCAUGAUUUCUCUUUCUUCAUUUUUUACAACGAUGCUAGUAGCAGUUACAAUAAUAAUUGUUCGUUUGAUUUGCUCACUCCCCACGCCUUCGUCCCCUCGCGAACGCGAACAAACCGGUGACGUAACUUCGAGUCCGUCGAUUAGAAACGUGCACCAUUUUUACGUUGUUUCAGUUUGUGCAAUUUGUUAAAGUCAUUAAAAUUACUUUAUAUGCAAAUGUUAUAUAUUAUUUUUUAGCUUUUGAAAAGCUCCUAUCAUAUUUAAUUAGUAGCUACAUUAAUUUAUUUAUCGUUUAAUUUUUUUCCGUUUUAGUAAAAUCAUGGAAAGUUUUGAAAUUCGAGUACUUGUACGUCAUUACUGGAACCAAGAGCUUAAAGCUACUCAGUAUAAUAUUUCUUUUUUCCUGCUUCAGUAGCUUUAAUCUCUUGCUUCCAGUAGUGACACAAACGCACUCGAAUCUCAAAAUCUUCCAUAAUUUUACUAACACGAAAAAAAAAAUUAAACGAUACGUAAAGUAAUGUAUCUAAUAUUUAAAGAUGAAAGAGCUUUUCAAAUGCUGCAAAAUGAUACGUAACACUUGCAUAUAAAGUAAUUUUGUCUUAAAAAAAUUGCACGAACUUUUGGUUCACCCUAAUAAUUCACCAAAGAUUUUCUUGCAAGCAGAUAUUAAUUAAAUUGUAUAAAUAUUCAUAAAGGAUCCAAGUGACAAGUAACACAGAGCACGACGAUCGACUUUCAGACCUCGUUUGUUCGUUUAUUUAGUAUGCAUGCACCCUCAUUUCGCAUCACUAUGUAUUACACCAGUGUACUUUGAGACUUUUAAACCUUUCUCUAUUUUUUUCUGGAUUUCGAAUGGUUCGAAUCGUUAAUUCACCUCUAACUCGUAUCAUUUGGCUUCUGAUAUCUUUCCGUUGCGCAUGAUUACGUGCACGCGGGUGUAGUACAACGCUUUAAGUGUAUUUCGAGGUGGUCCAAGUUACGUCACUGCUUUAAUUAAAACGUAACGCUGUUCGCAGCAUCGCGAGGAGAUCGUUUGAUCCAACGAUGAACGCAGAGAAAAUUAUUGGCAGUAGGGUCACAUGUGUCCGAGGAAUCCCUGGCUCCUGUUCGGCACCGAGCAACGUAUGUCGAUGACAUAACUGUAAACGAAAAUUAACGACAAACUCGACGAACGCUUAACGUCGCAGUUAGAACUCUCCCAUUGUUCUGCUUACUUAAAAUUAUUCAAUUUACAAAUAUCCUUCAUGUCUUCCAUAUACAAAACAAUCUUCCCCUCAUAUAACGUCUUUCUUCAAGUGGAACACAGUGUCUUCAAGCUUGAACUGUUUCAUGUCUUCACAAUUACACGUGUGUAAUUAUACACGAUGAAAUGUAGUCACGACAACACUUUACAAGUAUCGCCAUGUAUAUUUAUAAAAGAUUUACCACGAUCUUCAGAGGUGAAUCCACACUUCCAGAUCAGUGAUCCCUAGACUGCGAAUUUAUAUGCAUUUAUAAAAAAUUUGAAUGCGCAAGAAAUUGCAAAUUGCACACAGUAUACAAUAAUAUAAAGAAAUAGUGAAAGAAAAUUCAUAUUGUCAUACGUGCGGAGUAAAAUAAAUUCCUAUUUAGGUUCAAUUUUUGUAAGUACGUUUGCAAUGAUUUUAUUUCUGCACAACAAAUUCGGCAUAAAAUUCAUUUUAACCUUGAUUUUUUCAAAGACACACAUUCUUCAUUAAAUUUUAUUGCUGUUAUGUUGCUCGUCAAAAGGAUGAAAAGUAGCCUUAACGAGAAAAGAAAAGGAAGAAAAUGAGAGAAUAGAGUAAACGAUGUACAGUAAAAACUCUAAGCUUCUAUAAUGCCAACUUAGAUCCACUUCAAGUUACCAAACAAUUUUGCAAACUAGUUACAAACUGAUGAUAAAUAUAUGGAGCUGAACGCGCACGCCCUGCACAAGCUUGUAAAUACGCAAAAUUUGCAAAUAAAUCGACGCAAGCGUUCGUCGUCUGGGUGAAAUUUCUUUCUAACGAUACAACUAUCCGCGCGGAUAUCUCGUCAGGGAACCAGGGAUUCCCAGAAUCGGAAAACAAUCGGAUAUCGAAAGAACCUGGUUAAAUGUACGCAGUCCUUGUUCAGCGGACGUCAGUCGGUCGGUGACCUAAGAAAAAAUGUACAAAAAUGUUGUCGUCCGAUAAACGAUACCCGCUUCCCGCACAGGAUCUAACGAAUCAUAAUCGAACUCUACGAGUUUGAUUGACGUGCUUUCUCGUAUAUACACUCAUGUAUGUAUCGUAUGUAUGCGCUUACACGCGCUUUAAGUACAUAUAUAUAUAUAUAUAUAUAUAUUU